UGCCUGUUGGCUCCAAUCCCCGUCAACACUCACGAGCAUUUCAUCUCUCUCUAUUAUUAUUAUUUUUUACUAUUAUUUUCUCUCUCCUCCACCUCCUCCUUUUUUUCGUUUUUUCUUUUUUCUUUCCUUCUGUGAGCUGCAAUUACAAAGAACUGAUAGAGUGGUGAAAAACCAAGCAAAGCUCACCCAAUCCCCGAUGCUCAGAUUCUUCACCUAUUGAAACCCUCCUUUGAUUCCCGAGUCCAUCACAAACCCCAACCAACCAACCUCCCCUGCCCAAUACCAACCAUAUCAUGAAGCGAGACCACCGUUUUCCUCCUUAUCAGGAACAAUCCGGCGGCGGCAGUUGUUCUAAUUCAAUGGCGGCGGAUGGAAAAGCUAAGAUGUGGGGGGAAACUGAACAAGACGAUGAGCUUCUGGCGGUUUUGGGUUACAAGGUCAAGUCCUCAGACAUGGCUGUGGUGGCCCAAAAGCUCGAACAGCUCGAAGAAGCCAUGGGUAAUACCAGUGAACAAGAUGAAUUGUUAUCUCACCUGGCUUUGGACACAGUUCACUAUAACCCUUCCGAUCUCUCUUCUUGGCUCGAAUCCAUGAUUUCCGAGCUCAACCCUCUCCCUCUCCCCAAUUUCGAUUCCAUUCCGUCUCAACUUCGGGCGAUCGAUGACCCAUUUCUAGCCCCAGCCGAAUCAUCCACUAUCACCUCACUCGACAAUAAUAAUCGCUCUCCAUUUUUCGAAGACCCAUCUUCAGAUUACGAUCUCAAAGCGAUUCCAGGUAAAGCGGUUUACUCCCAAAUCCAAUCGUCUCAAUCGCAGACGUCAAAUUCAAACAAACGGUUGAAACUCUGUUCUGGGUCUUCAUCCUCCACUGCUUCUUCGAUGCCGGCGGUGGCGGUUGGGGGCUUGGGUUCUCCGUCGAUUGAAUACAAUACUCGCCCAGUAAUCCUGGUUGACUCGCAAGAAAACGGUGUCCGACUCGUCCAUGCUCUACUGGCCUGUGCAGAAGCUGUUCAACAGGACAAACUCAAACUCGCAGACGCACUGGUGAAACAAAUUGGGUUUCUCGCCAUCUCCCAAGCCGGUGCUAUGCGAAAGGUUGCUACCUACUUCGCCGAAGCUCUGGCACGACGAAUCUACAGAUUAUACCCUCAAAACCCUCAGGACUCAACCUUCUCUGACCUCCUUCAAAUGCAUUUCUACGAGAGCUGUCCCUACCUUAAAUUCGCCCAUUUCACAGCCAAUCAAGCUAUCCUUGAAGCUUUUGCUAAUAGGAAAAGUGUUCACGUUAUCGAUUUCAGUAUGAAACAGGGUAUGCAAUGGCCGGCUCUGAUGCAAGCUCUGGCUCUCCGACCCGGCGGUCCUCCGACGUUCCGGUUGACCGGAAUUGGGCCUCCUACUCAUGACAACACAGACCAUUUACAGGAAGUUGGGUGGAAAUUAGCUCAAUUGGCCGAGACCAUUCACGUCGAGUUCGAAUUCAGGGGCUUUGUUGCCGCCAGUUUAGGCGAUCUGGAAGCGUCGAUGCUUGAUCUCCGAGAGGGUGAGGCCGUCGCUGUCAAUUCGGUGUUCGAGUUGCAUCAGUUGUUGGCCCGACCCGGUGCGAUCGAGAAGGUGUUGUCUGCAGUGAAGGAGAUGAAGCCGGAGAUAGUGACGGUGGUGGAGCAAGAAGCGAACCACAACGGAUUAGAUUUCUUGGACCGAUUCACCGAGUCGUUGCAUUACUACUCGACUCUGUUCGAUUCGUUGGAGGGUUGUGGUGGGUCGUCAUCUCCGGUGAGUAAUCAAGACAAGGCCAUGUCGGAGGUGUACCUGGGGAAGCAGAUCUGUAACAUUGUGGCCUGCGAAGGGUCGGAUCGGAUUGAGCGUCACGAGACUCUGACUCAGUGGCGAACUCGGUUUGGCUCGGCCGGGUUUGAGCCAGCUCACCUGGGUUCGAACGCGUUCAAGCAGGCGAGUAUGUUGUUGGCUCUAUUCAAUGGCGGCGAUGGGUACAGAGUGGAAGAGAAUAGUGGGUGUCUCACACUGGGUUGGCACACUCGCCCACUCAUUGCCACCUCGGCUUGGAAACUCAGUUAGCAGCUGAGCCAACCCAACUCACCAAACCAAACCAAACCCUAGGCCUUCGCUGGGUGGGGGCCUUUAGUUUAGUGUGAGGGUGAGACCCACCACUAGUCCAAAGCGUGUCUCCUUUCUUUUUUCACUGUGCCAGUCUUUUUUUUUUUUAUAAUUUGUUUCUUUAUUUGGGUGGAAUCUUGUAAUUUUUGGGUGAAUCUAAAAAGGUCAAUGUGUUUAUAUAUAUAUAUAUAUAUGGUAGCUUUUAUUUAAUAAUAAAAAAAAAGACUUUAUUGGAA